AUGAGUUUUCUCUUCAGCUCGAUUAAGAACCUCACCGUCGGCGGUACGGUGCUCGGCGGUUCCUCCUCAGCAGCCGGCAGUGCCACCAACGCCCAGACCGCGACCACCACCCCAACCGCUUCCGGCACUGGCCCGAUCGUCAGCUGCUAUCAAGAAUCGGAAGAAAUGCGGUUCAAUGCUUUAUCACCGCCACCACCUCCUCCACCGCCGCCCCCGUCGGCUUCCAGCUCCGACUACAACAUCAGCAAAAAGAUGGGCGUCCCGGAUACGCAGUCCGACUUCAACCAGUGGCUGCACGCGAUGAAGAUGGUGGCCCGUCUACCCGGCGGAAUGCCUUCGGAAUUUCGGCGAAAGCUCUGGAUGGCAUUGGCCGAUCGCUACCUGAAAACGAGAUCCCUCAACUGGGAGGAAGAGUCAACCAAAUGUCUUGGCGAACAGUCGGACGAAGAUGACGAGGAGCUGGGCAUACAGAUCGUGAAGGAUCUUCACCGGACCGGAUCGAGCCUUUGUUCCGGUCCGUCCGGGACGAUCAACCAGGGCAAGCUGAAGCGUGUGCUGCUCGGCUACUCGCGCUUCAACCCGGAGGUGGGCUACUGUCAGGGUUUCAACAUGCUCGGUGCCCUCAUCCUGCAGGUCAUGGACAAGAGCGAGUCGGACUCGAUCAAGGUGAUGAUACUGCUGAUCGAGGGUUUGCUACCGGCCGGCUACUUCUGCGGAUCGCUCGGUGGCUUACAGGCCGAUAUGGCCGUGUUUCGCGAUCUGCUCGGUACGCGACUCCCGAAGCUGGCGCGCCACCUCCAGAAGCUCCAGGGCCCGGAGGGAGCCUUCGAGCCACCGCUGACGAAUGUGUUCACGAUGCAAUGGUUUCUGACGCUGUUCUGCACCUGUCUGCCGAUACCGCUGGUUCUGCGCGUUUGGGAUCUCAUACUGAUCGAGGGCAGUGAUGUGCUGCUCCGGACCGCAUUGGCCAUCUGGGGAAUUCUGGAAAGUAAAAUCCUCGCCACCAAGACGGCCGAUGACUUCUACUGCAAGAUGGGAGCCCUUUCGUCGGAGCUUGUCAACGGAAGUCUGGUGGAUUCGAACGCACUGAUACAGCGCGUGGUUGACAUUGGACCAAUAGCGGACCUGCCGAAGCUGCGGGAAAAACACCUCAACAGUAUUACACAGCUAAAGGACACGUCCAACCUGAAGAUUUUCUACUCGGACGACGAGGGCGAAUCGGACGAAGACUCGCGGUUAGCGGUAACAGCGACCGCGUGGGGUCUGCGGUCCGGUCGGCGAGCCUCGCUGGGCAUCCCGCCUAACUUUGCCCGGGCCGAGGGCAAGGAGAAGAUGAACCUGGACAUCUCCCUGCUGAAGAAGCAGUACGACAAGCUGCGCGAACGACAGCGACAGGCACAUAUCAUCCUAACGGCGGCCGUCGCCCGUCAACCCGCAAACCCAUCCCCCAACAGUGGUACGCUGCAGGUGAAUCAGCUGCUCGUCGGCAAAAGUGCGCUGCUCAGUGCCAAAGGCAAACGGCUCGGGCCACCGCAGGGUGCCGUACCGCCGGUCCGCUCCGGGAAGUCCUCCAAACAAUCCAGCAAACAGUCCGGCGGUCCCAAGUCGCCCAAACCGGUCGAAACCCUGCACUGGAAGGAUAUGGACGAGACGAAGCAGCGCCGCAACAGCCUCAAGUGGAAGGAUCUCCCGAAGGAGGCGGUAAAGAAGCCGCAAUCGCAACAGCGCGACGACGGUGCCAAGACGGAUGGCUCUCCGAAGCUGAAAAAAUCCGCCAGCGCAUCGUCGGCCAUCAGCAACCUUUCGGAAACGGGCAGCAGCGGUGGCGAUGGAUCGUCCGGUGCACGCCCGGGUGCGCUAAAACGGCGCAGCGAAUCGUCGUCCUACAGCGAGGAAUCGGACGCAGAAUCCAGCACAAGCACAUCCCUGUGCGAUGACGACAAUCAGCCGCUUAGCGCUUCCUCGCUGGAAGCGUCACCGAUGAAGCGACGAAUAACGCCGGAGUCCAUCAUCCGGGAAGUGCCUGACGAGGAGAAACUGGUUGUGAUCGUACCGAGCGAUAGUGAGCUGACCGACAUCAAGGAGGAACCGUCGUCGUACGGAGACGACGAGGAUGGUGAGCUCAGCAAAACGUCCGAGGUGGACCUGCAGAUAGUUAGUGACCUGUUAAGUCCCGUUUCCGAUGGAGCGCUGGAGCAGCCCGCGAAGCUGUCACCGGUGGCUUCGGUGCAUCCCGAACUGGAGGAUAAGUCGCUCUCGAUCGCCAUCACCAGCACCAGCCAACUGUCACCCAUACCCGACAUCAGCAAGUACGUCAGUAUGUCCACGAUCAGCCCACUCAAGACGCCAUCGUCGCUGAUGGAUUACUCGGACUAUCUGGCAAACAUUCCGACCGACAACACCGUCACGGUGGAUGCAACCAAAAGCUCCACCCCCAUGGUGGAGGUGGCACGCAUCGAACCCGACCCGGAACCGUUCAAGGUGAGCGACGAGGGCGUCACGAAUGAGCUGUUCGAGCGUAUUAAUGCGGCCGAGCGGCCCAGCAAGCUCGAUCUCAACGUGAUCAAGGAGCGGCGGGUGAGCGAAUCGCUCGUAAACACCGCCGAGAGUGGUCUGGAUCGAAGCGAUGCCACCUCGAAGCUGGACAACUACAGCUUUACCAACGUCUCGAACCGUUCGUCGAUGUCGUCCUCGUUUGUGCUGGAGUUGCCGAUCAAGAGCACCCUGCAACACGACAGCCCACUGCUGCCACCCAGCGUAGAUCUUGCCUCGCUGGUGGACCGCGAAUCGACCAAACAGCCAAAGUAUCAAAUUGCCGACGCACUCAGCACUCCCACGCCGCAGGAAGAAGAACCGCACGAAAGUCCCGAGGACAUUGAACGGUACCUCGCCAAUCGGGUCAAGUUCCUGAAGGAGAAAUCGUUCUCCAUGGACGAUCCGAUCAAGGGGGAGGAUCUGCCCCCGGAGGACAUCUCGAAGCGGUCCGCAUCGGAGGGGCUGGUGACGGUCGAUACGAACCCACUGAAGAGUGAUAAAAUGUUGGAGAUAAUCAAGGAAAAUUCGCUCAUUCUCGGUAGAAUAGUGCGCAAAACGCGCGAACAGGACGAACAGCGGACGGAUCAGCUGAUCAAGCAGGACGAAACGGAAAUGCUCAUCAAAACAAUCGAGCAGCUGCCGAGCCUGCACCUGGACGAAGAAUCGCUCGAUCUUAAAAUUUCCCACACCGUAAACGAGCUGCUCGAAACGUCCGAAGUGGACAAACCGCUGCUUUCGCCCUAUCGGUUGAAGUUUGACAGUGAGCUUACCGGGCCCGAGGCGGAACCACAGGCGGGCGAAAGCAUCAAAUCCAAAACGGAUCUUCUUAUACAACGCACCGAAGAGCAGCUGGCACGAUUUGCACCUCCAGAGCCAACGUACUACGUCCGGAAGGACAACUUUCGGGAGAUUAUAACGCCGGAAGAGGAGAAAGUGAUCGAACCCACUCGGGAUCCGGUGAAGGAACCUUCCCCGACGGUUCCACCGAUACCCGCAGCAGUAGCGACGAACGUGGCGGACCCAGAACCCGAAUGUACUGUGCCGCAACCAAUCAACUUAAGCUUUAACGCCAUCGAUACGAGGGCGGUAUCAUCCAAAACGGAGGAAUUGAUCAAGAAAACCGAGGAACAACUAGCGCGCUUCCGUACGCACGACAAAAAGAUGAUAGACAAACUGGAGAAGCGACUCUCGCUGAUCGACAUGAAACUGGGCGAGACCACAACGCUGAGCACCGCCCCACUGGCCACGGUAGCGUCGAGCAAGACGGAGGAGGUACUGAAGAAGUCGGAGGAGCAAAUUUCGCGCCUGUUGGCACGCAAAUCGCCGACGCGCUUCAAGCUCGACACCGAUCACACCGAUCUGAAGCCGCUCAGCCUGAAAACGGAAGAGCUGAUCAAGAAGACGGACGAGCAGCUGGCGCGGUUUAAAGCGUCCGCCGAAAGUACGGCGGAAAAGCGCAAAAGUCGCCACGAAAUCGACGAGCUGCUCCGGCCGGAAAACAGCACCGAACGGAUGCUCAGCCGAUCGUGCGAAUCGAUCCGGAGCGAGGACUUCUCGGGCCGCGAUCAGGAGGAGGCGGUAAUUAUACGGCACGUCAAGGAGGAGAUACUGCGCACGAUCAAGAUACCGGACGAGGUGAAAAGCUCCCGGACGGACGAGAUCAUCAAGAGCAUUGAGGAUGGGAAGAUCAAGCUGGGCGAUGACUACAUCACGACCAUCAAGACAAUCGAUUACUUGAAGCGCUCGAACGCGAACAUGCUGGCCACGCUUUCGUCGAUCGAGAAUUCGAUCAAAACCAUCGACGGGUACUGCGACUACGAGUCGGACAUUCAGUCGGACCGGAUCAACGAUACGAUCGACAAUUUGGAGAAGUCUCUCAAGCAGUUCGACAACCAUGCGGACGGUUCCGGAACGAGUCCCACCAGACGGUCGGGUAAUAACUCGGGUACGGCGGAACCGCCGCUCGUGAUGGUACACGAUUACUCCACCACGCACCACGAAUCUCGCUGUCGGCCGACGUCGUGCAACCGGCCCAGUCGACCGCGGAAACGCAAAGAGUACUCACCCCGCCGGCGGAAGGACAAAGAUCGCGAGGGUGACAAGAGCGCCAGCAAUCGGUCCCGCAAAGACCACAGCAGCGACUACUCUUCCGACAAUCAGUCGCUCGAUCGCGAAUCACCCAAAACGUACACGUACGCUUCGUACUACAGCCACUCGCCGCCGCUAACACCGCGGCUAGCGUCACCAUCGCGCAAGCUACCGGAACCGAACGUACGGCCGACGACGCUCAAAAGCACAUCGCACGAUCGGUACACGCUGCACCUGCAACGGGACACCGGACCGCUGGUCAAGUUCGACAAAUCACCCUCGUCGCCGAUCAUUACCAAAGCCUACCUGGAGUCGUUGAAACCCGCCACACCGGUUGCAUCCGGUCGGACAACACGCUCGGCCGAAAACUCACCCCCGUACCAUCCGAACCAACCGCCCGCACUGUCCCCGACGACAUCGGUGCACAUUGGCCGGUACACCGGGACGCUGCGCAGUUCCACCUACCACGACACGGAGCACUCACACAUCAAGAGCUGCGAGAACAUUAUGAUGCGCUUUGACUACGAGAAAAUAUCCGCCAUCGCGGCCAGCUUCCCGAUCAGCAGUGCGCUCACGCCGUCGCCCACCAACAACAAGUACAGCAGUUUGGACUUUAAGCAGGACGCUGCGCUCAACCUGGGCCUUGCGACGUCACCCAACAAAAAGUCGCUACACUAACGCUAAGCCUCGGUUCGUUCGUCCUCACAUCCUCAACAUGGCAUCUGACCACAUGACUCCCCCCCCCCCCCCACAACUCUCAUGUAUGACCCACAAUUUCUGUGAUAACUCAUUGUAUAGCAACCGACGGUACGAUUUCCAUUCCGCGCACGAACUUAGAACCCGUAUUAUAACCGUACCCGUAGCAAUAGAACCGUUCAAUUCGCCCAUUUCACUCCUCCUGCCCAGAAAAUGCACCUUAGGUACCAGGAGUCAACGACGAGCAACUUAACUUUGUAAUGCUAGUGAUAAUCCCGCUAUGUCGAUAUGCCCUUUGCAUCCUUACUACACAUCCUCUCGAUAUUGUGGUAGACGCAAAGAUGACUAGUGCCAGUGCUUUCUGGCGAGUCAUUCGGAUCCUCCAAAUCUCAAUCUACUACCAGCUUGAGAACAUGCAGGCUAACAUGCAUCAUCCAAUACCGCUACUCUACUACUUGCGACUAUCUACAUUAGAUAAGAAUGGUUGUUGUUUGUUGGGGAAAAACACAGACACGCCACCGUUGUACUACCAAGGAUGUCAAACGAGAGUACGUGCUGUGGAGAGUGGAGUGACUGUUCCGAGUGGAUACAUACAGGUACUGCUUAGGGACAAAUGAUUGAAUCGUGCGCUCGGCAGCAGAUGUUGUUACUAACUAUAACCAAAUCACACCAGGUGGCGCUGAUCGGGGUAGUACGGUUUUUUAGUAGUCUACUUACUGUAUAAAAAAAAGAAACAAAUAAGUAAUCAAAACGAAGUUAGAAAAAGAUGCGUCAGGUAUGCGUUUAAUACACACCUUCAUUUUCUCCUUUCAAUAUAAGCGUUCGUUGGUUGUUACUCAUACGCGUUCACUAAGCAACCGUUUACAAUUGAACCCCCACUCCUCCCUCUCCCCUCCUCCCAACACCCUCUGAAACCCCUUCUCUCGCUCUAUGCUCUAUCUUAGCGCAACGACACAAAAACAGGUCCAAGUAGGUCCAAAAACAGGAGCAACCAUUAUUGUUACCAAUCGUUCCGACUAGUGCUCCGACAAAAAGGGGAACGUUUCAUUAUCCCGCAUCGGUUAUUUAGGUGCAAAAUGUUGCCACCGCCGUCACCGCCAUCGCCGCUGCCGCCGUUAAUUGUAUUAUAUUCGAUUUAUUGUAAAGUUAUCGGGGUUAAAUUUGAUAUUAAUCCAUAAAAGAAAAAAAAACAGUAAGGUCCGGGGAAGCGUGUGUGUGUGAUAAGGGCGCAAACAAACAACACACACACUUACAGCACAGAUUAACGCGAACCGAAUAUAACGUAGAUUGAUAAUAAACGAAACCACGUUCUGCUGGCGUUCCGGUGUCACUGUACCGUACACUGUACGCGCCAGCAGUGCUGAUGAGAAGGAGGGCCACCACAACAUACCAUUCAUUGACGGGACGCGUACCACUAGAAGAAAAUAUACACAAAUG